GAGGCACCACAACUCACCUGGACCGUACCUGACCUUAAUUGCGACGAAUAACCGCGCCUCGUGUGUCUCGACACUCUCGCUUCCCCACCUCGUCCGUUCCUGGGAGCCUCUCUUCGUCAUUCUUCCUCUUUACUUUGUUCUCCUCCCAACUUUGUUUUGCCUGCAGUCCUACGAUUAUCUCCAAUUCACUUUAUUGUCACGCCUGUCCCGUGUCUUGUCCAAUCUUCCUUGAGUGCACGCUCGCUACCAUCGCCCCCGGCUCGCGACAUCUCGUUCAGUUGCAUCGACCCCAGAUCAUGACUGUCGUUUACGACUCCUAGCUUCGACCGCCGCCAUGUCUGUCUCCGACAUCUCCUCUCAAGCCUUGGUUGGAGCUCCGCCGUCCUCUUCUUCCCCCUCUCCACGCGAAUCCUCCUUCCGGACAGAUCAACCCGCGCAGACUCCUACCAGACAGCCUCUUGCAACUGGGACAGAAACUCCUGACUUCGCGCCAUCUUCGUCUGUCAAGACAGAAGUGUCAAACACCGACUCUGAGCGUCACCCAAAGGGAAAGAGGAAGAGAACUGCUGCCAAAGACAAGUCGAUACUCGAGGCUGCCUACGUUGCGAACCCGAAACCAGACAAGGCAGCACGCCUAGACAUCGUGAAGCGCGUCUCUCUCAACGAAAAGGAGGUUCAGAUAUGGUUCCAAAAUCGUCGACAGAAUGACAGGCGCAAGUCGCGGCCCCUCUCCGCUCAGGAGAUUGCUGCUCUCCGGUACGGCGGUAUGCAGAUACUCUCUUCGGAUCCAGUAGCCUACACCUCUUCUUUGCCGGAAGAAAAAGCAUCGCCAGUGGUAGAAACAGCUCCCAUCAAUGCUGUCGUGCCUGCGGAGACUCCGGUCAAGGCUUUACAAGUGCGCGGAGACGAGGCCGAUGAACAGCCUCAACACGCAACACCGUCCAUUUUAAGUGGCGGUCCUGAGACGACGGUUCUGGAGACGCCGUUGUCCCAAGUCACGGCUUCCUCGUCUCAGCCUCACUCAACGGGGUCAUUCUCUUUUUCAAACUCUGUUGGGUUCUUCACAUCUUCUCAUUGGAACGCAGCAAGUGCCUUUUCAACCCCUACAACGCUCAACCGCAGCGCUGACGAAACCCCUAAAUCCGAUCUAUAUACACCUGCGUCUUGCUCACCGCCUGCACAUGGAUCACAAACCCUGCCCUCUCCUCAAUCGUCGCAACAGUCGCAGGUGCGAUUGUCGCUUUCGCUCGAAGGCAAAGCUGAGCUUGUCUCUAAUGAGAACUCACCCCCUCGCUUUCAGCCUACGAAGCUAUUCUCGGAUUUGGCACCCUUGCCUCAGCCCAGAAUAGCUCGACCACUCCAGCGCAGUCACAGUGCCCUCCCUAGCGUGACUCUACCACCCAUAACAGCCCUCACUGACUCGCUGCCACCGGCACUGGGACGAGGCAGAUCUCGUGACGCUCACGCAUGGGAGCUCUGCUGUGAUGCUGAUACUCGUGACGAGCUCACGACGCAAGCUGAAGAUGAGUCUAAUGGCUCUGCUGUCGCUGCCAUCAGUCUUCUCCGCUCAACCAGCGGCGUUCUUCAAAACAACAGCUCCAAACGGAACUGUCCUGCAAGUAGGCCGGCUUCUCGACCUCAACAGGCUAAGAAGCCUAAGCUCUGUCGCACAUCUUCCAGCAUGGCUAGAAUGCAAACAUCACUCACUGAUGGCGAGGAGUCCGUAUCUCAACCAAGUGAAGAAAAAAGCCUGGAUGACAAGGUCAAGGUGGACAUGCUGAUAUCUCCAUCGGGUGAUUCUGAUAAGGAGAAUUGGACACCUGAGGACCAAGGCAACAUGCGUCGGUUGCCGCCAAUCAAUGACCGGAGACCUUUGCCGGCUGCCGUUGACGGCAAGAACAAUGCGAGACGAACAGGUCGUACUUUACAGGACCAUCCCGGGCCUGCUAUAUUCAGCAGUAGCCGGGCCAGAACGAUGCCCGCUAUGGGACGCCGAGGAUCCGGAAAAUAUGUCACCAUAUUCGAAGAUGGGCAGAGCUCAAGCUCACCUACGACAAAGGGCGCAGACGAGGUGGAGAGUUUCAUGCGCGGCGGCGAUGUGAGUCCAAGCAAGAAGGGCGACAUGGAUUGCAUCGCAGGUCUGUUGUCUCUUAGCCAAGGUGCCUGGCGAUAGAAACUUGGUGUGGAGGUAGGCGGCUUCACACUCUCGUCGGGAGUAAUCUGCACAAAAACUGAGUGUCUUUGUUGCGUCCCCUUGUGGACACUCAGUCGGCUCCGUGGUAGCAACGGACAGAUACAAGUCCAACAACAUGGGCAGUGGCCCCCUCCCCCUCGUCAAGCGAGUUGCGACACAGAAAGACACAGUAAGCGUGGCUGAAGGUCCAGCAAAUUCAGAGAUGGAUGUGCCGGUCAUGCCAUCUAUCGCUUGCAAACGUUCUAUACUUCUGUCGUCUCUUGCAGGAGCCAUGACCGACAUGAUGGAACCCAGCUCUCGCUCUCUAAUGUCGCACUGCGUAUCAGUUGAAGGAGGACCGUCUUUGUCCUCAUGUGUUGGUGUUGUGUUGGGGCUUGAAAUUCUAACAAGCAAAAGGCGUCUUGGGAUUUGGUUGUAGAUGUGGCUCUGCAAAGUCGGUUGUACGUGUGCAAUGUUUAUGUUCUAGACAAGCCUGUAAGGCGCCACGGCGA